UGGGGCCCCCGGGAAAUAGGGGAUCAAGGGGCCCCUGUGUCCUUGCCCAAACUCAAAAAAGCCUAUGAAAAAGGUACCAGGGGCAUCUCAUGGGGCCCCCUACUGACCCCGGGCCCUCGGGCAGUUUCCAAAUGGUCAGUCCGCCCCUGCAUCAAUGAUUUAGAAAAGCGGCCAACCAAGGGCGGACUGACAACUCAUGGGGCCCCCGGGCAAUAGGGGAUCAUGGGGCCCCUGUGUCCUUGCCCAAACCUAAAAAAGCCUAUUAAAAAAGGUACCAGGGUAAUCUCAUGGGGCCCCCUACUGACCCCGGGCCCUCGGGCAGUGCCCGAGUUUCCAAAUGGUCAGUCCGCCCCUGGUAACUUGUAAAA